CGCGUGGCUACGCGGACACGCGGACAGACGGGCGGGAGCAGCAGCAGCAGCAGCAGCAGCAGCAGCAGCAGCAGCAGCAGCAGCAGCAGCCUUCGCUUGCGCAGCUCGUGCAGCUCCUUGUGCGGCGCGUGAAGUUGAUUGAGGAGACCUGUGCGCGCGGAGAAGAGCGGCGGCUGCGGGCGACAUGACGCGCGGCGCGGCGCUCCUCCUUCUCGUGCUGCUGCUGGUUGCCGCGUGCUCGCCCAGCGCGGACGCGUACAAGUGCAGGUGCACACGGAAGGGGCCCAAGAUCCGCUACAAGGACGUGCAGAAGCUGGAGAUCAAACCUAAACACCCUUUCUGUCAGGAGAAGAUGAUUUUUGUUACCAUGGAGAACGUGUCACGGUUCAAAGGUCAGGAGUACUGCCUGCACCCCAAGCUGCAGAGCACCAAGAACCUGGUGAAGUGGUUCAGGAUCUGGAAGGAUAAGCACAGGGUCUACGAGGCCUGAGCUUUUCCAGGACACUCGAGUGGAAAGAGGCACGAAGCACAAGACAUAUCCCAAAAUAAACAAAUAUGGCUUUCUCAGAUAUAGGGCUGGGAUUUAUCAAGGACGAAGGAUCUUUUGUAACGUGGUGGUGCCAUUUUUUUUUUUUUUUUUGAAGCGAGUAUCUUAGUGGAACUGACCUGAAAUUUUGAUUUGUAGGUGCCCUAUAUGUGUAUAUUUACAACUAUGUACCUGUGUCAGAAUUAACCCGUGUGGGGGAAAAGUCCUUCAAAGAUCUGGUCCAUAUUGUUUUUGGGUAGAAUACGUUUGUCCCGGGACCAUAUAUCUCCCGUGGGACUGUUGUGUUCUGGAAGCACCUGCUUACUAUUGUAGCACCGGGAAUUUACCCGGAGAUGUUUGUGUGCUUUCCAGGACUGUCACAUAUAUCAGUAGCUAAAAUCAAAGGGGGUCUUCAGUAAAAACCCUGUAAUGUUUUAUAACCUCCCCCCCCACGUAUAACAGCCCAGGUUUUAGGUUUUUCUUUUUAUACUGAAAUAUGUUACUAUACCAGUAAUAAGCAAAAAAAAGUUCUUGAGCAAAUUAUUAUAAGAGGCAUAUUGUCUGGCCAAAUCAUGGUUUUGUCUAAGUUUACAUAAUGGUGGGUAAUGUGUUCAGAUAUUUCAGUGAUGGGACAUGAAGCAGAAUCUCAAACCAAUUUCAACAUUUGCAGGAGCAGAAAAACACUAUUAAUCAUCCAGUUUUUCAGGGUUGUGCAUUCAGUUUUAAGUCAGUGCUGUAAUUUGAAAUUAAAAGUGCUGAGAAGGUUUAACACAAGAAGGUCAGAAAUGAUCUUUACAAAGAGCUGUUUCCACUGAGAUGUGAUUUAUUGCCAUUUUCUGAUCUCAGCCAGUUUCCCUGUUUUGGUGGGAGGGAGGGGUGUUGUCAGGGCCCAUGGGGAAAAUGCUCUUCUCCAGAACGGUCCUCUGGCUGUUGAGAGAGUGCGCGCGCACAUACACACGGACUCUUCCUUAAGGAGGAAAAGCAUUUUGUACAAUUCAAUUCCACAUGCCUUUCGUACACUAGCAUUUGCAUUUUUCACCAAACCGAAUGUUUAAGUAUAUUUUUUUUUUCUUUGCUAAACCUGUGCGUUUUCCUUGUUUUAUAUCGUAUAUAUAUAUAUACAAAUGUAUAAAUAAGCGGAUUGUAAAUAUGCCACUAUCCAAUAGUAUAUAUGGUAAAAUUCAUUUAAUAUAUCUUAGUGUAAUGUUAUGUAUUACUGAGUUAUCAUUUUGCUAUUUAAAUGUUCCAUAACAGAUAUAUCAGAUCUUUUUCGUUGGGCCGUAUGACCCAACAAAACUUUUCUAGGCAUUCCAAGGACAGUGUGUAAUGACCAAGCAAUAAAACAAUUUGAAACA